AUGGAAAGAGAAACAUGCUUCAUAAGCAUCGACUGUGGAGCGGAUGAGGACUAUCUAGAUAACACGACCAACAUAUUUUACAGUUCAGAUGCAAAUUUCAUUGACAGUGGAGAAAACAGGAACAUUUCUCUCUAUUUCACAUCUGAUAUUUUUGAAAGGCAACUCAAGAACGUCAGAAGUUUCCCAGAAGGAGUCAAGAAUUGUUACACCCUACAACCAGAGCAAGGCAAAGACAACAACUACUUGAUCAGAGUUGCCUUCUGGAAAUUAUACACGUUCCAAAAACGGAUGACAUAUGUGUGUCUAGUAAACACUGGUUCUGGGAUACCUUUCAUAUCUGCAUUAGAGCUGAGAGCCCUUGGUAAUUCCAUCUAUAAUAAAACUCAAUCUGGAUCUCUCGUACUCUUCAACAGGAUUAACUUUGGUUCAGCUACCAAUGAGACAUUCAGUGUCUUUGCUCAUCAUUUUCAGCUAACGGUUCACAACUUCUCACCUAGAUAUGGAGAUGAUGUGUUGGAUCGCCUUUGGAAUGCGUUUUACUUUCCGUAUUGGGAAUCCAUUCAAGCACCCUACAGUAGUUCUUUGUUAAGUGAAACUGAAUUUAAACUUCCACCCAAGGUGAUGGAGACAGCUGUAAAACCUCUUUCUGGAAGUUACCUGAACUUCACUUUGGGGGAUAUUGAUUCUUCUGAAGAAUUCUACAUGUACUUUCACUUUGCUGAUAUUGAGGAAGUGCAAGGCAAAAUCAGACAAUUUACCAUCUUAUUGAAUGAUAAAACAAUAUUUUCUGAUCCUAUUGAACCCCAAUAUAUGGUUUCAGAGACUCAUUUUACUCAAUAUUCCCUAAGUGGAAGUCAGCUGAAUUUUUCACUUGCCAAGACAAAUCAAUCCACACUUCCACCCAUUAUGAAUGCUCUGGAGAUUCACAAGAUAAAAGAGUUCUUGCAGUCACCCACUGAACAACGGGACGUUGAUGCUAUGAAGAAAAUCAAGUCAGUAUACCAGGUGAUGAAGAGCAGCUGGCAAGGAGAUCCAUGUCUCCCGAUAAAUUACUUAUGGGAUGGCCUGAUCUGCAGUGACAAUGGAUAUAAUGCUCCCAGUAUCAUCUCACUGAACCUUUCAUCUAGCAAUUUGACAGGGAAGAUGGAUGUUUCAUUCUCCAAUCUCACUUCAUUACAGUAUCUAGAUUUAUCUUACAACAAUUUAACUGGAGAAGUGCCAAAUUUUCUUGCUGAACUUCCUUCCUUGAAAACCCUGAACUUAUCAUGGAACAAUUUCACAGAUAUAGAUAUUGUUGUCAAACCUACCGAUCAAGAAGAUAAGACAUUGGAGUCAAAGUACCUACGCCUCAGUUACUCUGAGGUUGAAAGAAUCGCUGAUAACUUCCAAAAUGGGAUUGGAAAAGGAGGAUCAGGAAAAGUUUACCGAGGCCGUUUAAGUGAUGACACUAACGUUGCUGUCAAGUUGCUGUCAUCUUCAUCAGCUGAAGGUUUUAAGCUAUUUCAAACCGAGGCUCAGCUCUUGACAAGAGUUCACCAUAGAAACUUGGUUUCCCUAUUUGGAUAUUGUGAUGAAGGUUCAAGCAUGGUGCUCGUUUAUGAGUACAUGAACAAGGGGAACUUAAAAAAAAAUUUAGCAGAUAAGGAGAAAGCUGUCUUGAGUUGGAAACAAAGAGUUGGAAUAGCACUUGACGCAGCAGAAGGACUGGAGUAUUUACAUAAUGGUUGCAAGCCACCUAUAAUCCACAGAGACAUUAAAACUGACAACAUACUACUAAAUGAAAAAUUAGAAGCCAAAGUUGCAGAUUUUGGGUGGUCUAGAAGUAUGCCCGUUGAAGGCCAAACCCAUGUAUCAACUAGGAUUGUUGGCACAGAAGGCUACUUUGACCCUGAGUAUCAGGAAACUUCAAGGUUAACCGAGAAAAGCGAUGUUUAUAGUUUUGGGAUUGUUCUAUUGGAACUUAUUUCAGGCCAGCCUGCAAUCAUAAAGAGCAGUGAGAGCAGUACUAUUCACAUAGUCCAAUGGGUUCGUCCCCUUCUUGAAAUGGGAGACAUCGGGGGUAUUGUGGAUCCAAGGUUAAAUGAAGACUUUGACACAAAUUCUGCCUGGAAGGCUGUAGAGACAGCAAUAGGUUGUGUAGUACACAGCUCCAGUGAAAGGCCAACCAUGAGUGAUGUAGUAGCCAAAUUAAAAGAGUGCAGGAGUUAUAUGGAAACAACAACUGCUAAUAUGGAAGAGGAUUCUGGUUCUAUUAUUACUGAAGCUGCAAUGUCUCCCCAAGCAAGGUAG